UAUUCCCCCCCACCCACCGUCCCCACAUUCCCUGUUUUCCCUUGGCUGUGCUUGGACCCUGCCUUGUCAUGUCAAGAUGGAAGUCAGGCAUGACUGGCUCGCCUCUUCCCCCCACGAGGGCUUCGAGCAGCUGAGGCUGAAGAGCCGCCCCAAAGAGCCAUCCCCGAGCCUCCCCAGAGUAGGGGCCAACUUCUACAGCUCUGUCAAGCAGCAGGACUUCAGUGCCAGUGUCUGGCUGAGGAGGAAAGACCAUCUGGAGCAGUCCCAGCAAAAAUGCAUUGUGAUCUUUGCUCUGGUGUGCUGCUUUGCAAUUCUUGUUGCACUGAUAUUUUCGGCAGUGGAUAUAAUGGGAGAAGAUGAGGAUGGACUUACAGAAAAGAAUUGUCAAAAUAACUGUCGGGUUGCUCUUGUGGAAAACAUUCCCGAAGGUGUAAACUAUUCUGACAGUGCACCAUCCCACUUGUCUCUUUUUCAAGGCUGGAUGAAUUUGCUGAAUAUAGCAGAAAAGUCUGUUGACAUAGUAUCUUCCCAAUGGGACCUCCAUCACAAUCAUCCAUCUGCAUGCCAGGGCCAGCGUCUUUUUGAAAAAUUGCUAGAACUGGCGUCUCAAAAUAUUGAGAUAAAACUCGUGAGUGAUAUACUCCCCACCGAAUCAAAGGUAUUAAACGACUUGAAAACAAAGGGGAAGAGUGAAACAGGAUCCUGUGCUGUGGUGGCCAACAGAAUUGGGGGUGCAGAAGUGCUGUAUAUGAAUAUGACUGCUUAUAAUGAAGGUCGCCUUCAGUCAUCAUUCUGGAUUGUUGAUAAACAGCAUGUGUACAUUGGAAGUGCCAGCUUAGACUGGAGGUCAUUGGGACAGAUGAAAGAACUCGGUGUCAUCGUGUACAACUGUAGCUGCCUCGUCCUAGAUUUACAAAGGAUAUUUGCCUUGUAUAGCUCAUUAAAAUACAAGAAUAAAGUGCCUCCAAGCUGGUCUAAGAGACUGUAUGGGGUGUAUGAUACACAACAUAAACUGAUGCUUCAGCUGAAUGAGACAAAAUCAGAGCUCUUUGUGUCGAAUUCUCCCAAACUCUUUUGCCCAAAGGACAGAGUCUUGGAUAUUGAAGCUAUCUACAAUGUUAUAGAUGGCGCUAAGCAGUUUGUUUAUAUUGCUGUCAUGGAUUACCUCCCUAUUGUCAAUGAUGCAAAUGCUAAAAGGUACUGGCCAUAUUUAGAUGGGAAGAUAAGAGAAGCACUCGUGUUACGAAACAUUAAAGUCCGGCUCCUCAUAAGUUUUUCGAAAGACACAGAUCCCCUUACAUUUAACUUUGUUUCAUCUCUUAAAGCUAUUUGCACUGAGGUCCCCAGCUGUAGUUUAAAAGUUAAAUUCUUUGAUCUUGAAGAGGAGAAUGUUUGCUUUCUCAAAGAACAAAAAAAUACUUCCCUUCCCAAAUUAAAUCGGAACAAAUAUAUGGUGACUGAUGGAGCUGCUUAUAUUGCUCCUAGAGAUCUUCAGGGUUCUGUAGCUCACUUCCCGGCUCCUGAUGUCAUAGUUAAUAAUCUACUGUCAGAAGAGAAGAGAAAGCACAUGACAUCCCAACCCUCUCUACCUGCCAAGGCACCAACACGUGACAGAGAUCCAAACUGGUGGGGAGGGGUGACAACUUAUUAUUCAAAGAAUUGGAAUCAUGUGAUGUCCCAUCCUUUCGUAUAAAUCUCUUGUCUUCCUGGGACCUGACUCUUGUGAUUCUUCUUGUACUGUAGAAAAUGAUUUACAUCAGAAAUUAGCACACCAAAUGUGUGAAGAGUAGUUAAUUCUGGGACAAAAGGAGGGGUUUUUGAGAGGUAUGGUGCCACCAUAAUUCCUUUUUCCAGUAUGAAAUAGGGUGAUGGUGGUUAGUGAGGAACAGAGCAAGAUGGGAGGUGCACAGACCCUGCACUCCCUUUUGGUUCCCAGUGGUGGCUCAAAGUGCUGCAGGAAGUGGUGGAAAUGGAUCAGAAUCUCUGCUGGGGGAAGGAGGGCAGGAGAGCAAAGAACUCAGGCACCAAACACCUUUGAGGAUUUGGGCUUAACUCCUGUUGAUUUCAGUGGGUGCAUAAAUACCUUAAAAAGAAGCUGGUCCUAAGCACUGAAGUCCAGAUUCUCAAAGCUAAACUGCAGAGCUUCUGCAGAUCUUCUUUUCCCCCCUUCCCACCCUAGAUGGCUGUCUCCUUUGUCUGCGAGGAUGCCCUAGGUUCUUUGGGUUUAAGAAAUUCCCAGAGUAGAUGAGGUUUACCUUUACUGACCAAAAGAAGGUAAUGCAGAGGGCAGUCUGGGCUCCCAGAUCAUUUAACAUUAAUAUAUAUUUUAAAUCAAGCUCAGGACUAUCUGUGUGCUCAUUUGCAUCAUCAUUUAAAACAAUGAGUUUUGGGAGGGAAGACCAGCUAACUUUUGCAGGUGAACGAAAUGUUAAUUUUUCAGGUAGAAAUGGCAGCUAUAACAUUUAUCUGUAAAGCUAUAGGGGAAGAUGUCUGACCCUAAAGAAGGUUUGUAACUAUUAGAGGGGUGAGAUUCUGGAACUGUCUUCUAAUAGCAAUUGUGUUUGGAAAACAACCUAACUAGUUUUAAGAGCAAGCAGGACAAAUUUAUGAGAGGGGUGGUAUGAUGAACCACUUAAAGUGUAAGGGUAGGGCACAGCAGUCCUGGAAAUUCCUUCUGGAUUAUGUCUUGAAGCACGAGCUUUAGUAAUUUAAGGCAUAAAAUAGUCAGUUGUAGGGGUCAGAAAGGGAUUUCUCUCCUCCCCCCUCCUCCACACACACUUAUACACAAUGUGGUCAGGGGGUUCUUUUGGUCUCCUUCCUCUGAACAAUCAGAGAUGAUCUCAGCUGGUGAUGGGACGUUGGACAGGACAGGGUAGGGCUCUGAAGUGGCAGCAAGUUCUCUCUCAGGGCCUUGUUCUUGCUCAUAUGCUCAGGUCUGAUUGCCAUAUAUGAAGUCAGGAAAGGACUUUCUCCCAGGUAGGUUGGCCAUGACCUGGGAGUUUUUAACCUUCCUUUUCAGUGUGUGGGUGCAAUUUUCUUGUCAAGAGCCUCUUACUAUGUGUUCAUCAUAUCCCUGCCACCGCAGGGGCCUCGAGCACUGGUGCACUUCAGUCCCUCGUAGUCUCUCCUUGUGGCAAAUAGCAGUCUAGCCUCCUGUGAGGUGUCAUUCUUUGGUUUAAUUUUGGUUGCUGGGUUUAGUGUGUGGGUUCUAGGUGGUGCUGAUGGCCCAUAGAAGGACACACUAGAUGACUUGGUCACUCUUUCUGACCGUAAAUUCUAUGAACUGCUUCUUGGUAAGGUCAUUGAGGUGCAGGAGGCAGGGAGUGAACUGCAAGCUGCUGUAUGUUGUACAAAGCUGGUCAUGGUACUGAAAGUUUUAUGUGCCCAAGUGCCUAUCUGAGAUUCCAAAUGUGGUGCGUGCGCAGACACGCGCAUGCUGGAAGUGUGAAAAAUAGGGACAUCCCUGUCCAUUGGUUAACAUGUGGAUGCCACCAAUCAGUAAUGACUUACAGCCUAAUUGCCUUGUCAUUAAAUCAGCCAGUCAAUGGGAAAAAUAUUCAACAUGCCCAGACAAAAAUUUGUUGGGCGCUAGAGUGAUGCCAGGGAUCGAGGCCAUAUCUACCCCCCAGCACUCAAAAUCUCACGUUUUUCAAGCCAAAGGUCAGUGAUUCUCCCUAUAAACUAAACAUUGCUGAUAGAAGACAUACUAUUUGACAUUUCUUUUACUGGAGAGAGAACAGCAACCAGUGUCUGUUGUACCUCCUCAGCAUUCUCCCAGCUAAAUGACAAUGUGUGUUACUUUUGCUACACAUAUAGCUUCAAAAUAAUAGGCAUCCGUUGUGAAUUUUACUGGGCAAUAAUGAUAUGUACUGUAUAAAUAAACCUACUACUCCACCUGCUACCAUGGACUAGUAUAUCAUAUAGUAAAUUUGUCUAAACUUAUUUUGAAAACUGCAUGGCUAGCUUAUGCAGUAGCUAGAUAUGUGACAAGGCUGCAAUGUUAAUCUCUAAGGAGAAUACAGUAAAUAUGCUUAAAUAUUUUAUUUACUUAAUUGAAGCAUUUUGUAGUCUCCAAGCUCUACUUGUGAGAAGGAAUAACUUCUCAUUGUCUCUCUUACUCGAAAAUUAAUAUCCAUUGCACAUAUUUACAGACACACAUAACAUAUAGAUAGUGGCAUAGCUUAGGCCUGUUGUAUAGGUCAAUAUCUACAACAUACACGUGAGAAUAUAAAAUUUUGCCACUGCAAAAGAGAGUAGUUGCAAAGUCUAUUUUGGAUUACCAAUUUAUAUUUGAGGAAACUAAUGUGUAGUCAUUUCUAGAAACUAUGAACACACGGCAAUUGCUGCAUGCUUGUAUAUUUAAUAAGUUUUAUUAUUCUAUACCCUUAUACAAAUGCCUAUGCAGUGUAAAUGCUUUAACAUGAGAAUACUUAGAAAAUAAAACAUAAUGUUUUUUUAAGAAUGCUACAUCUUAUUGCAUGGUUUAACCAUUGUUAUUUUUGUGUUUGUAUAAAGUGUAGUCAAGAAAACACAUGAUUUUAAUAACUUAUUAUACAUAAGAACAUGUUCUUAAUGAAUCUAAGCAAUUAUUGUAUACAUUUUUAAACCUGGCAAGAAAUGUGCUUCCUUCAAACAAUGGGCUUGGUUCACAGCAAUACCUGUGUUAUUAGUGUUUGUAUUUGUAACACAAUUGAAUCUGUCAAUGGGGCAAAACAACUCGUGGAAAACCACUAUGUCAGUCAGUACUGGUUUUGUUUAAGAAAAUGAUAUUAUUUCUACUGUAGUAGACAAGACCUAUCCUAACCCAGUUUUAGCAGAACAACAUAAAGUAGAACAUUAUUAUUUAGAGUCCAAAACUGAGGAGUGUUAUGUUUGAUUCAGCAGGCUGAAGGGUAGUGCAGCAUUUUUUUUAUUUUUUUUACAAUUUUGUUUGUAGUCUUAAUACAAUGAAUUGGUGUUAUCUAAUUGUGAACUUGGCCCAUUGUUUACAUCAUUACUGAAUGUCACCAACGUUCAGCACACCUGGUUGACUUGAGCUGAUGUGCUAACUUGGAAGAAAAAAAAGGAUUUUUUUUUACAGAAGAACUCUGCUGCUGCAGCGUACAUUUGGAGCCCGAAGACAUUACUAAGUGACUGAGCAGGCCACGGUAUUGUUUGAAAGCGGGCCAUGCUGCAAACUAAGUUGCCAAUGAUAUAACACUAAAUCAAAUAGAAAUCCACAUUGCUUUAAAUAAUUGUAAAUAUUAAUUUUUAAUGCAGGGGUAUCAUAUCCAGCAAUUUUUCACUGCUUUGAUAUCCAAGGAUUCCUCAUAUUACAUGGAAUGUAUUUCACCUGCUUUUUUUAGAAUCAAAUGUUUCCAUUCAAAGCAAAAUAGCUACUAUUUCUUUGUAUUGCACUGAAAUAAA